GCUGGUGCAUUAAAUAGAGCAAAAGAAACUUUACCAAAGUUAAAAGAUUCUGAAAGAGAGAGCGAAUAUGGAUAUGUGUUUGCCGUCUCUGGUCCAGGAAGAAUUUUUGGGAAUCUAGUCGUAACCGCGGAACAAAUGACUGGAACAGCUAUGUAUGAGCUGGUUAGAGUUGGUCAUGAAGAGCUUGUUGGAGAAGUUAUUCGUAUAGAUGGUGAUAAAGCGACUAUUCAAGUUUACGAAGAAACUU